AUGAGCUACGUUACCCCAUCUACCGUCGUUGGGAAAUUUAUGAGACAACAGGAUCGACUAUCAAGAACAGGAACAGUAUCAACAGCAGCAACAGUAUCAACAGCAGCAACAGUAUCAACAGCAACAAGAGUAUUAACAACAGCAGCAGCAUUAACAACAGUAGUAUCAACAGCAGCAACAGUAUCAACAGUAGUAUCGACAACAGCAGCAACAGUAUCAACAGUAGUAUCGACAGCAGCAACAAGGGUAUCAACAGUUGUAUCGACAACAGCAACAUCAACAGUACCAACAACAGAAUCAAAAGCAGCAACAACAGUGACAAUAUCAACAACAACAGUAUUAUCACUUGGGGGCACUGCGCCAGAUAGAUAUUUUAGGUUGGAGAACAGGUCUUUCCUGGAGAAAGAUUUAGUGAAGGAGAAAGACUUUGCGACGGAAAAAAACUUAGUGAACAAGAUACACUCUAGACAGCCCGCCAGCCUUCACUGUGGCCAGCCCGCCAGCCUUGACUGUGGCCAGCCUGCCAAUCUCGACUGUGGUCAGCCUGCCAGUCUCGACUGUGGCCAGCCCGCCAGCCUCGACUGUGGCCAGCCCGCCAGCCUAGACUGUGGCCAGCCCGCCAGCCUUGACUGUGGCCAGCCCGCCAGCCUAGACUGUGGCCAGCCCGCCAGCCUAGACUGUGGCCAGCCCGCCAGCCUUGACUGUGGCCAGCCCGCCAGCCUAGACUGUGGCCAGCCCGCCAGCCUUGACUGUGGCCAGCCCGCCAGCCUUGACUGUGGCCAGCCCGCCAGCCUUGACUGUGGCCAGCCCGCCAGCCUUGACUGUGGCCAGCCCACCAGCCUUGACUGUGGCCAGCCCACCAGCCUUGACUGUGGCCAGCCCGCCAGCCUAGACUGUGGCCAGCCCGCCAGCCUCGACUGUAGCCAGCCCACCAGCCUUGACUGUGGCCAGCCUACCAGCCUUGACUGUGGCCAGCCUACCAGCCUUGACUGUGGCCAGCCUACCAGCCUAGACUGUGGCCAGCCCGCCAGCCUCGACUGUGGCCAGCCCGCCAGCCUUGACUGUGGCCAGCCCGCCAGCCUUGACUGUGGCCAGCCUACCAGCCUCGACUGUGGCCAGCCCACCAGUCUCGACUGUGGCCAGCCCGCCAGCCUAGACUGUGGCCAGCCCGCCAGCCUAGACUGUGGCCAGCCCGCCAGCCUUGACUGUGGCCAGCCCGCCAGCCUUGACUGUGGCCAGCCCGCCAGCCUUGACUGUGGCCAGCCCGCCAGCCUUGACUGUGGCCAGCCCGCCAGCCUUGACUGUGGCCAGCCCACCAGCCUUGACUGUGGCCAGCCCGCCAGCCUUGACUGUGGCCAGCCCACCAGUCUCGACUGUAGCCAGCCCACCAGCCUCGACUGUGGUCAGCCCGCCAGCCUCGACUGUGGUCAGCCCACCAGCCUUGACUGUGGCCAGCCCACCAGCCUUGACUGUGGCCAGCCCACCAGCCUCGACUGUGGUCAGCCCGCCAGCCUCGACUGUGGUCAGCCCACCAGCCUUGACUGUGGCCAGCCCACCAGCCUCGACUGUGGUCAGUUCAUCAGCCUCGACUGUAGUCAGCCCAUCACCUCGACUGUGGCCAGCCCACCAGCCUUGACUGUGGCCAGCCCCACCAGCCUUGACUGUGGUCAGCCCACCAGCCUCGACUGUGUCAGCCACACCACUGUUGACUGUGGCCAGCCCACCAGCCUUGACUGUGGUCAGCCCACCAGCCUUGACUGUGGUCAGCCCACCAGCCUCGACUGUGGUCAGCCCGCCAGCCUCGACUGUGGUCAGCCCACCAGCCUUGACUGUAGCCAGCCCAUCAGCCUUGACUGUGGCCAGCCCACCAGCCUCGACUGUGGCCAGCCCGCCAGCCUCGACUGUGGCCAGCCCACCAGCCUCGACUGUGGCCAGCCCGCCAGCCUCGACUGUGGCCAGCCCACCAGCCUCGACUGUGGCCAGCCCGCCAGCCUUGACUGUGGCCAGCCCGCCAGCCUCGACUGUGGCCAGCCCGCCAGCCUAGACUGUGGCCAGCCCGCCAGCCUAGACUGUGGCCAGCCCGCCAGCCUAGACUGUGGCCAGCCCGCCAGCCUAGACUGUGGCCAGCCCACCAGCCUUGACUGUGGCCAGCCCAUCAGCCUAGACUGUGGCCAGCCCGCCAGCCUAGACUGUGGCCAGCCCGCCAGCCUUGACUGUGGCCAGCCCGCCAGCUUUGACUGUGGCCAGCCCACCAGCCUUGACUGUGGCCAGCCUUGA